CUCCACUAUGAAGGCUGUACUCAUGAUUUUGUGGAGCGUCACCGUUCAUUCGCUCGAUCUUGACAACGGAAUCGAACACAAACCAGAAGUGAAUUGUGGCAUUGACAAGAUCUUUGUAGACGUCGAGACCGUCAAACCAUUCACAGGUCGCCUCUUUGUACAAGGUGAAGCAGACAAUAGUGAAUGCGUGAAGAUACCGUCUGAUUCCUCUACACGUCUUUCAUUUGUAUUGCCCAUUGGUGCUUGUAAUAUGAGAAGACAAAGAACGAUGCGCCCCAGAGGAGUGUCAUUCUCCUUCACGCUUGUCAUAUCCUUCCAUCGACUAUUCGUCACCGGUGUCGAUCGCUCAUUCCACAUCAAGUGCUUCUUUCUUGAAUCCGUUAAAAGCCUGGAUUCGCAACUUGGAUUGAAAGAUCUCACAACCGAAGUCAUUGAGCAACAGUACCAACUUCCGGACUGUUAUUACGACCUGACUGAUGGAACAGAUGAUUCGAGUUUGAAAUAUGCUCAGGUUGGACAGCGAGUGACCCAUAAGUGGACCUGCAACGAAGAGUCGAGUGCGAUAUACGGAUUUCUGAUCCACAGCUGUUAUACAGAUGAUGGUCAGGAGAACAAAUUUGAGCUGGUAGAUGAUAGAGGGUGCUCUACGGACACGUAUCUUUUACCACACAUUCACUAUGAUGAAAAUAAGCUGUCUGCAUCUACUACUGCCGACGUCUUCAAAUAUGCAGACAAGGGCCAACUCUAUUUUACCUGCACUGUUCAGUUGUGCUACAAACACGACGGAGGCUGUGAUGGCAUGACGCCUCCAUCAUGCUCCUCUGAAUCUCGCAGCUCAAGCAAACCAACUUACAGCCCUACAGAAGAUUACGAUAACGACGAGGAGGAGGACUCUCAUGAAACAACAGAUGCGGAACCAUCCUCCUACAGUCACAGCGAGUAUCGCGGGACGAGGUUCAAGGACAGUCCAAUGAAUGGAACGUACACAGAUGUGAUUAGCCUAAAUCGUACAGGUGCUGUGCGAAGAAAAGGCGCAAAGAAGAGGAGGGAUUCAGGCAUGGAAUCCGAUCUCAGCGUAGGUGUGAUCGUCCUGCCUAUUGGUGAAACAAGUAGCGGUACGAAUUUUGUAACCCGUGUUGCAAACGUUUGUGUCACAAGAUUUGCUGCAUAUCUAUCGUUAGUGGCUGCUGUUAUAACAAUAGCGCUUUGCAGCAUCGGAGCAUAUCUAUUAGCAAAACGAUCGAACCCUUACGAUUCAAACAUGGACGCCUUUUAAUGUAGAUCAGGCUUGUGUAUAUUGUUACGUAAUGACUGCACUGUAAAACGGGCUUUGUGCACUUCCAAA